UUAAAAUCACAUGGCUGAAUUCACAGAAAAUUUGCAAAGCUUUAGACCCUCAUUUCCUUUCUUAGAUGUUGAUCCAAGCAUGGAACUCCUAAAUCAAUUCAUAGGGAUGAACUCACAUGUCCUUGACAACUCAAAUUUGAACAUGCAGAACUUGAUGCCUUUCUCCUGUGACAGCUUCUUGGGCCCUCAAGAACAUGAGUAUCCAGGAAACUUGGAAGAAAGUUUUCCUGGUCUAGUCCAUCAUGUUAAUCACAAUGCUGUUCCAGUUUCCCUUCCCAUUUUUCCAGCAGAAAAUGAAAUCCAUGAAGGUAAAAAGAGGAAAAUAAAGGAUACUCCUGAGACCAGUUCAGCAAACUCAACUCCUGCAGUUUCUGAGAAUGGAAGCAAGACAAAACAAAGCUCUGGAAGAGGAAAGAGAGUAAAAAGCAAUGUAACAGAAGAGGAGAAAGCAAAGGAAGUGGUUCAUGUCAGAGCCAGAAGAGGUCAAGCAACUGAUAGUCACAGUUUAGCAGAAAGGGUUAGAAGAGGGAAAAUCAAUGAGAAAUUAAGGUGCUUACAGAACAUAGUUCCAGGAUGUUACAAGACCAUGGGUAUGGCUGUAAUGUUGGAUGAAAUCAUAAACUAUGUCCAGUCUUUGCAGCAUCAAGUGGAGUUCCUUUCCUUGAAACUUACUGCUGCAAGUACCUACUAUGACUUCAAUUCAGAGACUGAUGCUUUAGAAACAAUACAGAGAGCAAGGGCAUCCGAGGCAAAAGAGUUAGCCAAGUAUAAGAGAGAAGGAUAUGGAGGAGUUUCUUGCUUUCAACCAACUUGGCCCCUUUGACUUUAGUUUUGGAUGUUUUAACUCAGCAGCCAUACAAGACAUGAAGAGACUUCAUUUGCUCCUUUACUUUUUACAAGUUUUAUAGAUCAAUUUGU